AUGCCAGUGCUCUCUGAAGAUUCAGGGUUGCAUGAAACCCUGGCCCUAUUGACCUCUCAACUUAGACCAGACUCCAACCAUAAAGAAGAGAUGGGAUUCUUGAGAGAUGUCUUCAGUGAGAAAAGCCUUAGUUACUUAAUGAAGAUUCAUGAGAAACUGCGCUAUUAUGAGAGGCAGAGCCCAACUCCAGUUCUGCACAGUGCCACUGCCCUGGCAGAGGACGUUAUAGAAGAGCUUCAAGCUGCAUCAGUCCAUGGUGAUGAGAGGGAACUGCUCCAGCUGCUGUCUACUCCCCAUCUCAGGGCUGUGCUCAUGGUACAUGACACUGUUGCUCAGAAGAAUUUUGACCCUGUUCUUCCCCCUCUGCCUGAGAAUAUCGAGGAGGAUUUUAAUGAGGAAUCAGUGAAAAUUGUCCGUCUUGUGAAAAACAAAGAACCUCUGGGUGCCACUAUCCGGAGGGAUGAACACUCAGGGGCAGUCAUUGUGGCCAGGAUCAUGAGAGGGGGUGCAGCUGACCGGAGUGGUUUGGUGCAUGUUGGAGAUGAGCUAAGGGAAGUGAAUGGGAUUGUGGUCCUUCAUAAAAGGCCGGAUGAAAUCAGCCAAAUUCUGGCUCAGUCCCAAGGAUCCAUCACUUUAAAAAUCAUCCCAGCCAUCAAAGAAGAAGAUCGAUUAAAGGACAGCAAGGUAUUCAUGAGGGCUCUCUUUCACUACAACCCCAAGGAGGACAAAGCCAUUCCCUGUCAGGAGGCAGGGCUACCCUUUCAGAGGCGGCAUAUCCUUGAAGUGGUAAGCCAAGAUGACCCCACAUGGUGGCAGGCAAAGCGAGUGGGGGACACCAACCUUCGAGCUGGUCUCAUUCCCUCCAAACAGUUCCAAGAAAGGCGCUUGACCUACAGGAGAGCCAUGGGUACCUUGCAGAGUCCCAGGAGCAUCAAAAAGCCCUUAUAUGAUCAGUCUUGUGAUAAAGAGAACUGUGACUGCGAGGGUUACUUCAAUGGACAUUACAUCGCUGGGCUCCGGAGGAGCUUCAGGUUGAGCCGAAAGGAAAGACCUAGCAGCCAAAAUGAGGGCAAGGUGCCAGAGCCUCCUGAGCUCCUGACGUAUGAGGAAGUGACUAAGUAUCAGCCUCAGCCUGGGGAGAGGCAUCGACUGGUUGUCUUAAUUGGCUCUGUGGGUGCCAGGCUGAAUGAGCUAAAGCAGAAGGUAGUAGCCGAGAAUCCCCAGCAAUAUGGCGUUGCUGUACCACAUACAACCAGAACCCGGAAAAGUCAUGAAAAGGAGGGAGUGGAAUAUAAUUUUGUAUCUAAACAAGCAUUUGAGGCUGAUUUGCACCAUAACAAGUAGAGCGAGGAACAACAAGAGAUGCUCUCCUCGGCAGCCUUCAUAGACCAGCAUUAUGGCCACUUGGUGGACGCAGUGUUGGUGAAGGAGGAUCUCCAGAGUACAUACAGCGAACUCAAAGGUAUCUUAGAGAAGCUGAGUAAAGACUCUCACUGGGUCCCAGUCAGCUGGGUCAGGUAA